AUGGUCUCAUCUAACAUCCAAGGGUUGGUUUUGAGUGAUGAGUUGGGUGAAGAGUUGCUGCAGCAUUUGGGGGCUGAAAUGUGUGGUGUGUAUGAGAUGGCUAUGGGUGUGUCGUCAAAGACGGCUGCGCCGAUCCAUACCGACACACUCCUGACUUUCAUGUUUGAAUUACUACCAUAUGAGAAUUCUGAUAAACCAGAUUUUUCUGAGGAAAGGUGCACUGUCCGGCGACUGUGCAACCUCGCUGAGCCUGGUGCUACCUGGCACGUCACUGUGACGCUAACCAGACAGACACCACAGACACAGAAGAGCGCUAUGCACUCUGUGCCUGCUUGGCAGUCACUCCUUCAUCUGCCUUAUACUGGCUAUGCUCAUGCUAUACUAUGCUGGUGCUUCAUACUGGCAUACUCGGAUUCUAACAAAGAGGAUCUUGUCCGGUAUGCAGUAUGCAAACAGUGCGGUGCGAAGGUGAUGAGGGCCCUCGAGCUAAUUGAAGCCCAUCAGUCAGAGUGUGCGUGCAACAGCAUAAAAAUCAACGACGAUACACAUGGUAGCAGUUCUGAUGCACAAGAGUCCAAGUCCAAGCAGUCUUUCUCUGCAACGGUGAUGCAGCUUUCCAAACUGGAACUGACACAUAGACUUUCAGCCGAAGGUCGAACAUUAUUUGCGUGCACGCUUGCAGGCUCAUCUAACCGUGCAGUAUCUCGUGGGUAUUUUCGUGAGCUUCACUUGCGAGGACUAGAUACGGAGACGACUCCCAAGGCGAUCGCUGGCUGGCAACGAUACCGUGUGACCUUUGGGGGUGGUCGCAUGGGCCUGGAGAUUGAAUACGACGCGCGUGUAACACGUCGUCUUGUCAUCACGUCCGUGUCGAAGGAAGCAGCGGUGCUGGGUGUACGUGCACAAGAUGUUCUUAUCGGUAUCGACGACCGAAUCGUGCCACGUGCGACAGAACCAUUCGCGAUUCAUCAGCAUCUAGUCGCCUGUAUGCGCCCAGUGACUCUUCAUUUUUAUCGGCUGCACCUCUGGGAUCACUGUAUUCGACCAGCGGAGGCGUUUUACUCGAGCGCAAGCCAAGUUUCGAGUGGAAAGACCGUUACAGCGGUAGCAUCGGCUCUUUGGGACCGGCUUUUGACGGGUGGCGGCGUUGAAGAGCUAGAUGUCUCUGGGACCAAUGUGAUGGUGGACGACAUCGCACCAGGCGCAGACAUGCGUCGAACGUUUAGUGAGUCACUGAUCCCUACAGUACGUAUGGACACCUCACAUUAUGGCAAGGAUGAUGAUGGCGAGUCAAGAGAUGCGGGCAUGCGCUGCCUCCUCAAUGAAAAAGCACGCACUGCACUUGCACGAGCACUGAAACCUCUUCUUCAGCACAAGCCCUGGGAGCUGGUCUACGACUCCGCAUGUGAUGGCAUGUGCCUCGAGGCUCUCUAUGCACGCGCUGGACAAACGGGCCCCCGUUCAAAAAGAGCUCAAAUUAUCAUUUGUCGCGAUGACGUCGGGCAUGUUGCUGGUGCAUUCCUUGAUGAGCCCGUCCGCAAUGUUGGUGAUUAUUUUGGAACGGGUGAAUGUUUUGUUUUCACCGUUGCAGGCAGAAGUGGUCCGGGACUUCUCACUACUGACAUCCCACGAGGCCCUGAUGUCACUGUAUAUCGUUGGGUUGGACCGGAUGAUCAAGCCUCACACCUUUCUAGAACCCACUGUGAUGAAGAAGUAGUCUGCACAUCAACACCGCUGACCCCACCCCCUCAAGUCGUCAACGACAUGUUUGCUUAUGCCACACCUGAAGUUCUUGGUUUUGGCUCGGGCGGUGAUGGCUUCGCACUCCGUCUUGACGAGACUCUCGAGUAAGUGAUCCGCUUGAAACUCAUGAUUGUGUUCAAUAGGUUCGGUGCUUCACGCCCAUGUGCAACCUAUGGUAAUUCGGCCUCCUUAUUUGGAGGGAGAGACAUCUUCCCAGUUCAACGCGUCCAAAUAUGGACCUUUGGCACCCAGUUUUAGCAUCGUGUGUAUGUGGGCGUUUUCACCGUUCGAAUGUCACCAGCGACCUUGGUGUUUGGCGCCAAGAAGCGGAUCCGAUAUUCCCAGUGAACCGACACUCAUGCUUCCGAAACUCUUCUUAGUUGUGCCCCGGACGAACGCGGGAAAUUCGACGCGUGCCAGUUUUGGCCCCUCCCGGGGGACUGGCGCGGGACUGGCGCUGCGGACCGGCGCAUGAGCAGACCCCCCGCACAAAGCCCCCGGCUGCUAGUUGGACAUGAGAAGCCCAGUAGAAUGUUAGAACCCGAGUACUACCUCCGAGGUGUCCUAAAUGGGAUUUCGUG